AUGAAACGAAAGCAACCAGAUUCAGAUGACGAUCAGCGUCUUGUCUCGACGCCGAAGAGGCAAAGAACUACAGCCACCAAUGGCUCUGUCAGCGGGCAUGCGGAUGGGGAUGGCCCCCUUGAGAUGACGCCUUCGAAACGCAUGAAAACAACACCGAGAAAACCGAGUGCAUCAACACCGGCUGCCCUGAAAGAAUCAGGUCUGAAAACACCCACACAUAAGGCAAAGGCAAAAUCCCUCUUCUCGACACCUACAAAGGCCACAGCAGUGUCCACGCCCACUCGCGCACGCAAUGCUGAUCGGUCAGCGAAGAAGAAGAGCGCCCGGCUCCUGCUGGAGCAGGAUGAGGAAGAAUUCUGGGACAGCGCUGAUCGCCUGGCAGAGGAGAUAUUAGAAGAUGAAAGAGGAGCCCCCGAGACUGGCGCCGAAGACGGUGAAGGGAUUGUUCAGACAGUCGAGGCAACCACAGAUGAAGUCGCUGAGAGCAAGACGGCAGCAACGCCCAAGCGUCGUGCAGGCAGACCUAAAGGCGCCAAAAACAAACGUUCACCCACACCUGAGGGAGAACUACCGCCACAUGAACGGUAUUUCUUCCAGAACAGAGCAGGUCCUGCCCGGACAUCAAACAAUACUCUGACCAAGGUGAAUCUGUUAACGCACGAGGAAUACUUUGAAAAAUUGGCGGAUUAUGCGGACCCUUGCCAGAAAGAGAAGAGCUUUUUGCUCGACUUGCAUUGUCGGUCAUUCCCGCAAUGGGAUUUUGAGUUUGAUCAGAACUUCAACAUCUGCCUGUACGGGUACGGCUCAAAGCGUCAGCUCCUGGACAAUUUUGCGGAUUGGCUAUACCACCGACAGAGCUCUGCUCCGCCAUCGAUUGUUGUGGUCAAUGGACAUACUCCAAAUAUGUCAAUCCGAUCCAUCUUCGCCACGAUCGUGACGGCUGUUCUUGGUGCGGAUAUUCCAUCCAAGAUGGGAUUUCAGCCGGUGGAGGUUCUAGAACUGUUGCAAUCUGCCCUGAAGUCACGACCAUCUCAGAAACCGAUUACCGUCCUGAUCAAUUCGAUCGAUGCCCCCUCCCUCCGUCGAGCGACCAAUCAAGCCCUCCUCGCACGACUGGCCGCAACUCCCAAGAUUCGUUUGCUGGCAACGGCAGACACGCCAAAUUUCUUGUUGAUGUGGGAUAUCAGUCUUCGGGAUCAGUUCAACUUUGUGUUCCAUGACUGUACAACUUUCAUCCCAUUUGAUACCGAGUUCGACGUCGUGGAGGAGGUCCAUAAUCUUCUAGGCCGCAAGGGACGUCGCAUAGGAGGCAAAGACGGCGUUGCAUUCGUGCUGAAGAGUCUUCCCGAAAACGCACAGAAUCUCUACCGGCUACUACUCACCGAAAUACUGUGUAUGAUGGACGAAGGGAACAAUUCGGAUGACGAUAUGGACGGCAAUGGAGGGAGGGAGGAUAGGUCUCACGAUGAGACUGGCAUUGAGUUCCGGAUGCUCUACCAGAAAGCUGCUGAAGAGUUCAUUGCCUCUUCUGAGAUGAUGUUUCGGACGCUGUUAAAAGAGUUCCAUGACCAUCAGAUGAUCACAUCUCGAAUGGACACGGGGGGGAUGGAGAUCUUAGGGGUUCCCUUGUCGCGGGAAGAGAUGGAAGGAGUCCUGGAAGAUCUGGUAUUGAGUUAA